GUAGGAGGAAGGAGACGCCAUUAGAGGUAGGCGGAGAAGGUUCGCCGUUCGGCUUUCCUGCGGUGCCUGACGUGGUGGCCGGGGCCCUUCAUUCUCGGACUUUCCCCGGCCCUUCCAGGCCUCGCCGCGAGGAGAGAGCGGAGACGGCGCUCGGGUCGCUGGGGCCGGCGCGGCUGGGGCUGAGCCUGCCGCUGCUGUGAAGGCGCUGCCGCGGCUCUAGGGAGAGCUGCGCGACUCUCGGACGCGGGCGGCCGGGAAGCGACGGGAUGGCUGCGGCCGGCGGCGGGGCGGCGGCGGGCCGAGCCUACUCGUUUAAGGUGGUGCUGCUGGGGGAAGGCUGCGUGGGGAAGACGUCGCUGGUGCUGCGCUACUGCGAGAACAAGUUCAACGACAAGCACAUCACCACUCUGCAGGCGUCAUUCUUAACAAAGAAGUUAAAUAUUGGUGGGAAAAGAGUAAACCUUGCUAUAUGGGAUACAGCAGGUCAAGAGAGAUUCCAUGCAUUGGGUCCAAUUUACUACAGAGAUUCAAAUGGAGCUAUUUUAGUUUAUGAUAUAACAGAUGAAGAUUCUUUUCAGAAGGUGAAAAAUUGGGUCAAAGAAUUACGGAAAAUGUUGGGAAAUGAAAUCUGUUUAUGUAUAGUAGGUAAUAAAAUAGACUUGGAAAAGGAGAGACAUGUUUCUGUUCAAGAAGCAGAAUCAUAUGCAGAUUCGGUGGGAGCAAAACAUUAUCACACUUCAGCCAAACAGAACAAAGGAAUUGAGGAACUCUUUCUUGACCUUUGUAAAAGGAUGAUAGAAACAGCACAGGUGGAUGAGAGGGCAAAAGGCAAUGGAUCUAGUCAACCAGGAGCUGCAAGGCGAGGUGUACAAAUUAUCGAUGAUGAACCUCAAGCCCAGAGUGGUGGUGGAGGGUGCUGUUCUUCUGGAUAACUGUUCACGCCUAAGAAAUUGAAAAUCAAAACAAAACUGUGGAUCAUUGCCCUCAACAUGAAGACUGCCAUAUUCCAAGUCACAUUAUUUUACCAAUGGAGUUAUAGAAUUAACAGUAUUUUAAAUUACGUUUAUAACACUGCAGAGACCUUAAGUGCUAUACUUAGUGAAGUUUGUGACCAGAGAAUUGGCAUUUUCUACAAAUGUUAACAAAGCAAUUACCAAUGGCCUUUUUACAUAUUUUUUCUUUAAUGAGGAAUAAUAUGCAUGUAGAAAAGACCUACUUAAAGCCUUCAUUUAUAUUCUUUUAAAUCAAAUCUUUAUUUAAUAACUUAUAUAUGUUGUUGGAAUGGUAUACAUUUUUGCAGCCCUUUGUAUUUUGUGGUAGUUUGAAUUGUAUCACUUAUAAACAGCAAACUAUUUUAUUUGUUUUGUUUUUUUUUAAUUAGCAGAUACCUGAAGUACUAUUUUUGCAGGGUUUGCACAGGCCCCUAACUGUCUACUACUUUGAUAUAAUCUGUAUACAUCCUGUAUGCUGAGCUGGUAAAAUACAUUGUAAAUUACAUAUUAAAUAUUUUAUCUGCUUUUACAAGCGCAAGGUGCAAAAAUAUAUACAGUAGACUCAUUGAUGACUGUAAAGUGAAUUAACAUUUGGUGAUAAUGCCUAAGCUUUUUGACUCUGAUAUAAAGAUCAUAGGUCCCCUUCACUUUUGUCUUAACUUGAACAUGGCGUGUUUAAAUUUUCAUACGUACUUUACUUGAAUUAUUGCUGUUGUCACAUAUUUUGCCUCUGUGAGUCCACCUGAUGAUUGAGCAGCAGCAUUUGCCUUUGGUUUGGGGUUUUGUUCUUAUAAAAGAGAUGACUUCUGCUGAUCUUGCUUUAGAAUGGUUACCUUAAAAGAAUUUGAGUGGAGCAUGCGGUUUCUCUUCUGCAAUAGCUUUUGUUUUCUCUUAGGUUUUAUAUGAGAUGGGUUCGCUGGUGUAAAGAGAGGAAGAGAUCCAGAUGAUAGCCACUCACCAAGAUUCAUUCAUGUAGCACAUUAGUGGUAGUAUGUGUUCCUGAGGCAGCGCUUUUAGAUCCUUUGUGAGCAAGUUGUAUUUGUUCAUUGCUUGCCAGAGAUGAACACAGAAUAUUCUGUUUUGUUUUAUAAGAACUAUCCUUCUGAAUUUCUGUGGAGGGAAACAUGACAUGUAAUGCAGUUAUAGCGAACACUGGAAAGAUUUAUUGUAGAAUUAUAUUCUUGUAUACUUUAAAUUAGUUCCUCAUUAGAUUUUUUUUAAGCAUAGGGCUGAACUUUAAAUUUGUUAAUUUUAAUAGAAUCAGGUGCUGCUCACAGAAGGGACACAGAUUGUGGAAUUAACAUAAAUUGUUCUUGUUCUAAUAUAUAUAUUUUUUCAUUUCUGUCAUGCCUGGAAAACUAGUAAAUGUUAUGUCUAAGAUAAAAUGGAA